CCUCUUCUUGCUCCUCCUCUGUCUCCUCCUCCUCUGUAGAGUCAACAGUUGUCUCCACGUUGUGUUUCAGUCUCUAGUUGGUCUUCAGAGUUUCUGAGUCUCUGAGAGGUUUGAGAGUUUAGUCUGGGUUCUGAUCCGGUUUCUCUGAUCUGGGUUCUGAUCCGGUUUCUCUGAUCUGGGUUCUGAUCCGGUUUCUGUGAUCCAUCAUGACGUUCCGGAGGCUGAAGAAGGUGAACUCCAGCGGACCGGAGACCGGACCCGCAGUCCGGGACACCGACGUCUAUUUCCCCUCAUCACGGUCCGACAGCUCCCGGUUACCGGCGGACUCCUCCCGGUUACCGGCGGACUCCUCCUCGGAGGUGUACAGCUACCGGACUCUGGCUUACUCCGGAGGGACGCUGCCCCGCAGCUACCGGAAGGGCGGCGGGCUGCAGACCUGGAAACCGCUAACGCUGCCACCAGAACCACAAAGGAAGUUGGUGGUUCUGGAGAAGAAGGAAGAGGAGACGUUUGGUUUUGAGAUCCAGACGUACGGGCUGCACCACCAGGACCAGAACUCGGUGGAGAUGUGCACGUUUGUGUGCAAAGUGCACGAUGACAGUCCAGCCCAGCAAGCGGGACUUAGAGUUGGGGACACCAUCACCAGUGUGAACGAGGUCACCGUGGACGGGUUUCGGCACCAGGAGAUCGUUCAGCUCAUCCGGGCCUGUGGCGACACGCUGAGGCUGGAGACGGUCUACAGUGACUCCAUCAGGAAAGCGGAGCUGGAAGCGCGGCUGCAGUAUCUGAAGCAAACUCUUCAUGAGAAAUGGGAUGAAUAUCGCUCGCUGAUGGUGCAGGAGCAGAGGCUGGUUCACGGAAUCGUGCUGAGCGACGCCGCGGUCUACGAGUCCCUGGAGUCGGCAGGCAUGUACGGCAGCCUCGGCACUCCCAGCCCCGCCGCUCAGAGAGCUCUCCGCUGCACCGGCAGCACCAGCAGCAGCGCCAGCUUUCUCAGCACCGCCACCGAGGACGACCCUCUCUACCAGACCUGCCCGUACCGGGAGGACGGUGGCGUGGACUCGGACGGCACAGACAAGAAGAAAGAGCAGCAGCAGCCGCAGAAGAAGCAGCAGCGCCUCCGACCGGCCAGCGAGCUCUUCAGCACGGCCAAGACGCAGUUGACCCGCAGCGCCAGCACACGCAGCCACAUGAGAGGACCUUCGUCCUCGUCCACCUCGGGGGACAAGCAGGGAGGAGUCAGCUCGCUGCAGAGGAAGCCCAAACAGAAAAGCUUCCGCAGGCGCAUCCUCAAAUUCAUCCCGGGCUUGAACCGCCCGUUGGAGGAGGAGGAGAGCAAACUGUGAGCCGUCGGCCGAGACGUCGCCGACCCAAAGACUGAAAGCACCAAACCACCGAAGAAGAGUGAAGAGAAAGAACAUGUGUCUCCGGUCUGCAGCGGUUCACAGCUGUACAUAACUUCCUUUAGUUCUUUAACUUAUUUAUUUAUUUGAUCUGCUCUUUGUCCACUUUUACUGCAUGCACCGUCUUUUAUUCUGACCGCCGAGUCGACGGCGUGUUUGUGCAACGCCACAUUUUGUAAGUUUGAUUUUUACUUUGGAUGAUUCCUGUUGAUCCUGUUUCAUGUUGAAGUCACGGCUCCUAAAAAUAAAAAUGUGUCAUUUUCAGAUUA